UAGACAGAACAACAUAGUGACAUCAUUUAAGCAAAAUAUUAACCAUGUGAUGGAUGACUAAAUUGCCAAAGAGGAGUUUUCAUAAUGAGGACAAAGCUUUCGAAUUGCCUACUCGAUAUUGGGGAAAUAUGUAGACUACGAACGGAUCGAAAUGCAUUACAGGGCUUGUCUCAAGCGGUGGGGGUCAUACGUUCCGGCAGUGUUCUGAGCAAAGGAUGAAGUUAAAGAGGAGCGAGCCAAACCGUGAAUAUUCUACUACGGUAUCCGUUAUCUGGACGUACGGGAGUGGAUAUUGGUACAGCAACAUGUUAUAGGAAUUCUGGGUUAUUGACAAAAGCAAGUGGAAUCAUCACGGGCUGCCAUCUGCAGGGACCUCCACUUUUGAAUUGAACGAUGACUGGACCCAACGCCACUAGCACUUGUUCACCUGCAGCUAAGAUGGGGAGGCACCGAUCCAAAAGUACCAGUGGCAGUACGUACUGCAACUCGAGCCCGGGUGCUGAAUCUGCCACCCUUAGCACCCCCAACAACGCUGGACGUUCAUCGGGAGAAGAAGAUGAGAAAGAUGGGGGUGUGCUCUUUUACGUGAACAGAACUGGUUUUCCCAUUGAGGGUGUCACUUGGGAGAGGAUGUGGACUCAUGUAGCCAAAGUACACCCUGAUGGACAAGACAUGGUCAGCAAGAUAAGGAAUGCUGCAUACCUUCCCAAACACCCUGUGCCAUCGGUCCCCAACUUCAAGCCCUCCAUGUCUGUCCCUGCCUGGCUGCUGGCCAUCCAGAACUACAUGAAGGCACUGCAAUACAAUCACACAGGAACUCAGUUCUUUGAGAUAAGGAAGACCAGACCAUUGUGUGGGUUGAUGGAGACUGCGAGAGAAAUGAUCAGGGAAUCUCUUCCAAUCAAAUGCCUUGAAGCUGUCAUCCUUGGGAUAUACCUGACCAACGGGCUGACGUCGGUGGAGCGUUUCCCCAUCAGCUUCAAGACCCAGUUCUCAGGGAACCACUUCCACCACGUGGUGCUGGGCGUCUACUGCAACGGACGCUAUGGUACGCUGGGCAUGAGCCGCCGCCAAGACCUCAUGGACAAGGCCUUGACCUUCCGCACGCUCAGCGAGCUGGUGAUGGAGUUCGAGGACUCGUACCGUCGCUACCAGCACACGCUGAAGAAGGUGAAGAUCGGCCUGUACGUGCCCCACGACCCGCACGUCUUCCAGCCUAUCGAGUGGAAAUACCUGGUGCUCAACGCCGCCCGCCUGGGGAGAGAGGACAUGAGGAAGGAGCUGGAGAAACAUGGCCGAGACAUGAGGAUGAAGAUCCUGAAGUCAUCGAGUGCCCAGUCUCCCAUCAAAGAACGGACCAGAGGCAAGUCUCUCUCCCCCCACCGCCGACAGAGCAGCCCCCAAAGACGCCACAUCCACCGGAGAGACAAGUCACCUGCAGCUCUGGAUCGAAAGCCUGCAGAACUCAGUACCUUGAAUGACGGCUACCAGAUCCGCAUCUGAGACUCAUUCUCCUGGUGCACUCUGACCCCCCUCCAGUCCGCCUCACAAACCCUCAAAUGGGAUAUCUAUUUAAUAUACAUUGUGUAUAUCAUAUUCAUAAAGUAUUUAUAGGGUUUUACCAGCCUCAUCUAAAAGGGUGAAGAUGAUGACAUUAUGCUCAGUGCUAAACUGGAGGUUGGCAUCCAGUACGAACACAUACAUCAUAAGUAUUUCAACAUUGCUCUACUCCUGAAGGAUAGUAUGCCUUCUGUAUACACAUCUAUUAUGUUUUGAAUAAAGGACUUAUGUCUAAGUAGGGGACAUCAUAUCAAGAUCUCUCAUGCCUUUAGGGAAGUACAUACUGUAUGUGAGGGUGCUCUACAUUGUUUUAUGUAAAAAGGAGAUCAACAGUUACACUUCAGUCACAUUGACAAUGUGAAGCGAGCUUUAAAAGCUGUGAAUUUGAUGCUGACAUCAUGUAAAAAAAGAUCAAAUAGUGUGACCUAUCUAUUUUUUCAAGCCCUUCAUAAAACGUAAAGAUUCUUUAGAUUGAAUAGUUGUUGUUUUGCCUAAGCCUGUAAAGAAUGUUGAGUAGUGUUGCGCUGGGCUGAGCUGCAGCUCAGUGUGAUGAUUAGAAGUGAAUGAGAGAGAGAGAGAGAGAGAGGUACUGUAGGCCUGAGGUGAGGGGAACCCAGAGGGGCCAAAGACCAAAGCAGUCAAGCAGAGAGCCUGCUGAGUACUGCGGCAAACCCCAGCCUUGACUGACUCCCUGUUAGCUCUGGGUUAGAUUAUCCCCUAUGUCUCUGUCGGCCCGCCCUCCUCUAUCACAGAUACAGCAUAAACCAGGGCUCUCCAACCCUGUUCCUGGAAAGCUACCCUCCUGUAGGUUUUCGCUCCAACGCCAGUUGUAACUAACCUGAUUCAACUUAUCAACCAGCUAAUGAUUAGAAUCAGGUGCACUAGAAUAGGGUUGGAGUGAAAGCCUACAGGAUGGUGGCUCUCCCGGAACAGGGUUGGGGAUCCCUGGUAUAGAUCAAUUCAAGUUUUAAGCAAUUGUUCUUGUAAAGAAAUCCAAGCUGGUGACAAUGAUGCUUUGGAGCUUAGCCAGAACAUGACCUUUUAUUCCAAAAAUAAUUUGACAGUGACGUUGGUUUGAAUCUAGCCUAUGCGGAGUCGCCCUAAAACGCUAACAUCCCGUUUUCAGGGAUACAGUAUUUUCAACCUAACUUCUGUCUCCGCUCAGGCGGCUUUCUACGCCCGUUACGUUAAGUUCGGAUCAAUCAAAUGUCAACUCUUUUAUGCCUCGCUAUACAGUUGUAUGCAAAAACAUACAGUGCCUUGCGAAAGUAUUCGGCCCCCUUGAACUUUGCGACCUUUUGCCACAUUUCAGGCUUCAAAUAAUUUUGCACGCCCAAUUUUUCAGUUUUUGAUUUGUUAAAAGAGUUUGAAAUAUCCAAUAAAUGUCGUUCCACUUCAUGAUUGUGUCCCACUUGUUGUUGAUUCUUCACAAAAAAAUACAGUUUUAUAUCUUUAUGUUUGAAGCCUGAAAUGUGGCAAAAGGUCGCAAAGUUCAAGGGGGCCGAAUACUUUCGCAAGGCACUGUAUGUUUGAUAAUGUCAUGUAGUUCCUAACUAGAGGCCUUUCUUGAAGUUAGAAUGCAAACACUGAACUGAACACCGCAAGACGGACAUAUCAAUCAAAUCGAAGCUCCUCAUUUGCCUUCUUAACUGCCUGGACGCAUUGUCAAAGUUGUUCGGAAUGUUUUUUAUCGUAUUCAAAAAUCAUCAUCAGAUAUGCAGGAGGGUGCCAACUGAACAAUAUCAGAUUUUGUAGCAUUUGGUUAAAGAAGCUAUGCACAUCAAACAGAUAAUGAUAGAUAACCGUAUGUCUUCCUCAAUCCAAAUGGUUUCUAGAUUGCAGCAGAAUUGAAAUCCAGUCUUGUUAUAUUGAAUUUUGAACCAUAUCAGUGCAGUGAUGUUUCAUAUGAUCCUUUUUGAUUCGUGUAGAUUGGUGCUGCUAGUCUGACAGUAUACCAUUAAGGCCAACAUCAUUGGUACCAGCCGUCUGAAAGACUACUCUAAGCACAAAACAGCCAGCUUAAUACUUAAUAUAAACCUAGCCACAAUCACGCAGAAGCACAAUGCGCUUCUUCUUUACACAAUACAAUCCUUUGUCUAAUCUAUGUAGGCUAGGUUUAACACUCUUAUUGUUAAAAACUGCCGUAAUAAAGACUUACCGGGAGAAAAGACUGCUUUCACUGCUGCAAAUCUGAGAACUGAAAGGUAGUACUUGAAAGUGAUGUAGCUUAAAUUGAUUUUUUACUCUUAGCCGUUUAGUUUUGAGCUAAAUCAUGUUAUGGAUGAGUUCCAUUGGUGACUCUCUGCUGUUUCCUGAACAAAUAUAUUACUCAGUACAGUGUUUAAUCAUGCAGUUUAUUGUUGUUUUGAUGUGGUGGAAACACAUAAAACACAUUGUUUUGAUGAAGAUGAUGAUGAUGUAGCAUUCUUUGGACAAUGUGUGAUUUUAAAGAAGGACACUCCACAUUGUAGCAGUAUCAAUUUUCAAAGGCCUUGCUUUGUUAACAGGUUGAACACUAAAGAGGCUUGAAACAUUACAUACCAUCCAACGGGAUACGGUUGAAGAAAAACGGUACCACUCCUCAUGAUGACUGUAGAUGGGUUUUUUAGCGAUUUUGUAUUUUCCAAAUGGUGGUUUAAAAAAAUAUAUAUAAGAAUCAAGUUAUCUGAAUAACUGCCUAAUAUGAGUAACCUGAAAACAGCUGCCACCACUAUAAUGUACCACCACCUACUGCAUUCAGUGGAUGAUAACUUGAAAGGCAAUGUUGUUGGGGCUAAGCGCUACUGAAUAUUUAGCUGUUUUCUAAGCAUGACGUGGAACUCUACAUAACCUUUGUGUUUACAGCUGUAACUCAGCUUUUAGAUGAGACUGCUUUACCUGUAUUCAAGUGCAUUUCAUGAGGGGUGUUCUCUUGGCCUCUUCUCAUAAAUGGGAAUGUAAGUGACUAGAACUCUGGGUGUUAGUGUUCUCUCUAUACUAAUGCCGCUAGAGCUACCAGUUGGCUGGUAAUGUUGUCAUAUCUUUCUGGAAAGGGCUGAUUUUUGUCCCAUUGGCUGAAGUGGAAGAAGAUAAGUAUUGAUGGUAGAUCAACAGCAGAACUAAUGGAAGCAUUUCUUAAGCCCCGUUCAUACCUGGUUCUAACAUGCGUCCUUUGUCCUGAUUGUGUCCACAUCCUGAUUGUGCCCACAUUUGUAGACCGGUGUGUACAAUCAAAAGACACAUUAUGAUCGGAUUGUGUGGGCACAAUUAGAAUGUGGGCAAGAUCAGGACCAAGGAUGCAUGUUUAGCGCCAGGUAUGAACGAGGCUUCAAAAGCCCUGAUGUGGCUAACAGAUCUCACUAUUCUCUUGAAAUGAGCCUUCAGAAUCUGUCCCUGUUGUUUUGACAUGUAUGAUGAUGACAAAGUGUUAUUUUUGCAUUACCACUGGUGGAAGAUGAUGUCCUCCCAACUCCUACUGUCACAAUGAUCAGUUGACAAUGUUUUUUUAUCAACUGUAGCAUGUUAUAAUAAAAAAUGAUUUAUCUUUUUAA